AUGGACAGAUGUUCAUCAAAGAACGAGAUCACGGUUGCACAAGGCCCUGCCGGUACUCUUCCAAGUGGGAUACCGCAAUUUUCAGUGGAAAUCGCAAACACAAAUUCGCAAGUACCCAUUGCUAAUAUCCAUCUCAACUGUAAGGAAUUCAGUUCUGCCAUCCUUGUUAACCCUGAGAUAUUCAAGCGCAUUGCCGUGGAUGACUGUCUGGUCAACGACGGAAGAGCACUAGCUAGCUCCCGGUGCAGCACUCUCCUUCAAAUUAAUACGCCAACACCAAGCAAUACCCUCUUACAGUUCUCUCAGCCACUUGUUAAAUCAUCCGCAGUUUCAUGCGCUUUCAGCAUUGUUGCUAGCUAG